AGAUAGAGCGCGCGUCGUAGUAAAGCGCACGCCACUAUGAAGUCCCGUUUGUAGCUUAAUUGUUUUAUACUUCAGCGAAGGCAAAAGGAGGCUAUAUCGGUUUUUUACGGCAUCCGCGGACAUUUGCAAGAGGAUUCUGCUUUAUUCCGGGAGGGGGGAUUUUAACCUAAAUCAGAGAUGUCGUCCGCGGCGGUUUCUGCCUCGCGCAGGCAGUCGUGUUAUUUAUGCGACCUGCCGCGCAUGCCGUGGGCUAUGAUCUGGGAUUUUACCGAGCCCGUGUGCAGAGGAUGCGUGAACUACGAAGGGGCCGACAGGAUCGAGUUCGUCAUCGAAACGGCGCGCCAGCUCAAACGGGCGCACGGCUUUCAGGACGGCAGACCGGCGGGACCCGGGAAACAGCUGUCGGGGAAAGACAUUCAGUCCUUGAACCAUGCGCCGGGCGACCCGGGCUCGCGCCCGCCGCAGCCGCUCGACCGCUACCCGCUGUCCUCCGAGCGCCCGCCCAGGCUCGGACCCGAGUAUCAGUCCGCGCGGCAGGCGAACGGCAUCCCGGUGCCGAACGGAUUCUCGAAACCGGACGACCCGCCGGAGCUGAACCGCCAGAGCCCGAACCCGCGCAGGACUAGCGCCGUUCCGCCCAACCUCGUGCCUUUGGUGAACGGCGGCAUGAUGAACGGCAGACCGCACAUCUCGGGUCACGCGCCCGCGGAGCUCGGCGGGAGUAAGCGACCGUCCUCCGUCUCCAGCACGGAGCACGACAAGGACAGACACAGACCGGACAGCCUGACGCCGGAGAUCGGAGACGGACACAAGGCUCGGGACGACUGGCUGAACAAGAACAAGACGGUUCGGGACAUGAUGACGCUGUACCCGCACGACGGCGGCCGGUUCAAGAAAGAGCACAUGCAGCAGCAGAGGGUCAUGUACGAGACCAGCGCCCCUCCAUCUAAAUCCGAUAGAGGCAAACAUCCCAAGAAUCUCAAGAGGAAAGCCUCGCCCGAGCCGGACGGGGAGGGCACCGCCGCCAAGAUGAACGGGGACGGACAGCAGUGGCUUCCGGCGCCCGGAGACGGCUUAAAAAUGCCACCUGUUCCUCCGCCCAGCUUCGCUGCCCCCCCUUCCACGAUUUCCCCGCACCCUCGCACCACCCCACCGGAGGCCGCGGGCGGCACAGCUCAGAACGGACAAUCUCCCAUGGCCGCUCUCAUUAUGGCGGCGGAUAACGCCGGUGGCAACAGCUCGCCCAAGGACGCAAACCAAGUGCACUCGACGACGCGCAGGAACAGCAGCAGCCCGCUGUCCCCCAACCAGCGGCGACUGGCGCAGAGGGAAGGCUCGGGCGCCGGGACGCCCCACGUGCCCGGGAUGGACGGGGUACAUCCUCAGAGCAUUCCGGACUCAUCGGUGCCCAGCAGCAUUCCACUGUGCUGCACGUUGUGCCACGAGAGACUGGAGGACACCCACUUCGUCCAGUGCCCCUCGGUGCCCUCGCACAAGUUUUGCUUCCCAUGCUCCCGGGAGAGCAUCAAACAGCAGGGCGCUUCAGGUGAAGUGUACUGUCCGAGCGGCGAGAAAUGCCCAUUGGUGGGCUCCAAUGUACCGUGGGCGUUCAUGCAAGGCGAAAUCGCCACGAUACUGGCAGGGGACGUCAAAGUAAAAAAGGAGAGGGACCCUUGAUUACGUCACGCCGUAUUUUUUCUUCUUUUUUUCCUUUUUUUUUUUGAAAUACUCAACAACAAAAAAUAUUGAUCUAUAUAAAUAUAUAAAUCUGAAUAUCACACGUGUACCAUCCGAGCAGCAACUAACGGACUUGUACAUAAUGAACAUAAGGGACGUGAAUACUUGGUAAACAUUGCUGUACAUUUUUUUGAUUUUCUUUUUGAAUACAUUGUGUUUCUAUAUUUUUGAAGAUAAAAGGUAUGUACGCAUUAUAACGGACUACGUUAUUCUUUGUCAAUGUUUAACGACUCUUCUCGAUGUAUUUUUAGUUAUGGUGGCAGUUCCUGUUAAACGUAGGAUGUGACUAAUGCAACUCUACGAGCACUUGGCAAACGUUGAAAAAUGCUUCUAGCUGUACUUGUAUGCACUUGUUUAAAAAUUGCCAAAUACAUUUUCUGAUCUUGUAUUAA